UGCGUUGCCUCUGGACUCGCUGGACGCUCCCCAAUCGAGUCUCCCUACUCCCCUCCUUCUUCUUCCUCUUCCUCUCGGCUCUGUACUAGCAGCUCGCGGUCGGAGGUCCGGCGAAGGCGCGGCGGCGGCGGCGGCGGAGCGAUUGGCGCGGUGGGACGACGCAGGGAUAGCGCUCGACGUCUUCGAUGGUGAAAGAGACCGAGUACUACGAUGUCCUCGGGGUCAGCCCGGCCACCGAGUCCGAGAUCAAGAAGGCGUAUUACAUCAAGGCCCGGCAAGUUCAUCCAGAUAAAAAUCCCAAUGAUCCUAAUGCGGCCCACAAAUUCCAGGUCUUGGGAGAGGCUUACCAAGUUUUAAGUGAUUCAGCACAACGACAGGCAUAUGAUGCUCAUGGCAAAGCAGGAGUAUCAACUGAUUCGAUCAUUGAUCCAGCUGCAAUCUUUGCUAUGCUUUUUGGAAGUGAGCUUUUUGAGGAAUAUAUAGGUCAACUUGCCAUGGCAUCAAUGGCUUCGCUGGAUAUCUUUACAGAAGGGGAACAGUUUGAUGCUAAGAAAGUGCAAGAGAAAAUGAGGAUUGUUCAGAAGGAAAGAGAAGAGAAGCUUGCACAAACAUUGAUAGAUCGGCUAAACCAGUAUGUCCAAGGAAACAAGGAGGACUUUGUCCGUCAUGCUGAAGCAGAAGUGGCAAGGCUUUCAAGUGCAGCUUAUGGCGUGGAUAUGUUGAGCACGAUUGGCUACAUAUAUGUGAGACAGGCAGCUAAGGAGCUUGGAAAGAAGAUAAUAUUAUUGGGAAUGCCUUUUAUUGCAGAGUGGUUUAGAAACAAAGGACAUUUCAUCAAAUCUCAGGUCACAGCAGCUACAGGUGCUAUUGCUCUGAUCCAGCUCCAAGAAGACAUGAAAAAGCAACUCAGUCAACAGGGAAAUUACACCGACGAAGAACUUGAAGCAUACAUGCAAUCUCAUAAGAAGUUGAUGAUUGAUUCUUUGUGGAAGCUUAAUGUUGCCGACAUUGAAAACACUCUUUCCCAUGUUUGUCAGAUGGUUCUUCAAGACCCCAAUGUCAAGAAAGAGGAGCUCCGGGCACGAGCAAAGGGACUGAAAACUCUUGGUAAAAUUUUUCAGAGGGUUAAGUCAGUCAAUGGGAAUGAUCCUGACUCUCUGCUCACUGAAAAAAUGAACGGAAGUGAUUCAAGUAAUGACUCUCGCUCUCCCAAUACGUCAUCGACUCCAAAAUCUUUCUUUGAAGAGCAGUCCUAUGCUUCACGUGAACCACAGAGCCCCUAUGUGGAGGCCCCUAAUAUCAGCGGAACAACAUAUAAUUGCGACUUCCCCAGACCAACCGCACCACCUGGUGCAUUAAGACAUCCUUCAUCAGGCAGGGAUUGACAUGGACGGUGAGAACACUCAAAUCAUUUUCUCCAUCACCACAUGGCAGGUCGUUAUAUGGGGUAUUGAGGGAAGGAGUUUUUUUUUAAGUGUUGAACCUGCAUGUGUUGUAACGAGACGUCUGGAUGUUGUUUUCUUCUCAAAAGCGAGUUCCAUCUCUGGCCUCCAGCUGCACAGGCAUUCUAUUUAUGUAUUCAUGUGGACAAAGCAGAAGCAUAUAUACAAGGGGAUAGGGGUGGUAUUAGGUGUUAGUGUCUUCUUUGAUCGUCAUUAGAAUGGUUGUGAUUGGUAGCCUUGUAUUUUGUAUGUUGUAGUUUUUGAGAAUGAUGCUUUCGUGGUCGCAUUCUUUUCCUUUUUCUGUUUUUUUUUUUUUUUUUUCCCGGGUCAUCGCUCCAUGGAGAUUCAUGUAUUAUUUUUUACAUAAGAUGGACAGAUCAAAACGUGUUUGUAAUAUUGUUUGUCGAAUGAACCGCUUGCCCAACAA